AGCCAUGCCCUUGUUUCUUUCCACAGAUCGCCACUGCUCUACUCUGUUUUGGUCCAUCGAUCAGCAUGCCGGACUCUAAGGAAACGGGAACAGAGGAAGCCUCCAUCGCCGCCUACGUCACCUUCUUCCUCGUCUGCGCCGCCCUCGUCCUCUCCCUCGACUUGCACCGCCUCUCCUACUUCCACCUCUGGCUCAUCUCCCAGCUCAUCCUCCUCACCAUUUGCGUCUUCUACAACCUCACCAAGCGCGCCGUCGCCGUCCAGAAUCCCGUAGACAGCUGGUGCGAGUCUCUCUACUCGCCCUCCGCCUCCCAACAUCACCACCCGGCUCCGGAACCGGAACGCCCCUCGCCGCCGCCGCCGGAAACCGGGAGCUCCAUGGACGACACGUGGAAGUCGAUCGUGGAGAUGAACCGGAGGCCCAGGAAGCAGAUCGAGAGGGCGCCGGUGGCCGACUCGAGGGAGUUGAGGAAGUUAGCCGUGGCCGUCGAGAAGGACUUUGCGUCGUCGAAGAAGAAGGCGCCGCCGGCGCUGGCGCCGGCCCCGCAGAGACCUGAGAAAGGGGAGGUGCGACGUCGAGACGUGCUCUACGACCAGUCCGAGAUGCUGAUCAAGAAGCACUACGACUACCUGAGGGUUCAGCGGCAGGAGUCGGAGAAACGCCGGUUCUUCGACCGCCUGCUGCAGCAGCCAUCUUAAUUCCUAGCAUCUUAAUUCAGUGUCCUGUAAAUUCAUUCGCACGUAGCUAGCUUUUGCUGUUACUGGAUCUUCUCUUUCCAUUGUGCCGGCCGGUGUAUGAAUCUAAAGCAUGCAUUCUCUUGAAGAUGAUCGAGUGGUUAGGAUAUGAGAUAUUAUUAUUAUGAAAUAUGAGGUUUAAAUUUCAAUAUAAUGGAAACAAAUACCUCUUUUAUG